AUGGAUGGCAUCAACAACAACAUCAUCAACAACAACAUCAACAAAAACAACAUCAUCAACAUCGUCAUCAACAUCAACAACAACAUCAACAACCACAUCAAUAACAACAACAACAUUAACAACAACAUCAUCAACAUCAGCAACAUCAACAACAAUAACAUCAACAACAGCAACAUCAACAACAACAGCAACAACAACAGCAUCAACAAUAAUAUUAACAAAACAAAACAAGACAAAAACUCCUCGAAGACUGGCAAUGUCCUUCCAGAAACAGCAACGAUAACGACGAAGAUGACGAUACAACGAAAACAAAUCAACAACAGCAGUAAUAAUAUUAGCGGUAGCAGUAGUAGCAUCAAUAGCAUCAGUAGUAGCACCAGUGGUAGCUCCAGUAAUAAAAAAUCAUUCACAGAAAAUGUAAUUGCGCCCUUUUCUUCUAAACACCGGCAAUUUUAUUACUACUUUACUCUCGCUGGUUUAACUCUAAGUAACAACAACAACAACAUCAACGACAACAAUAACAAAGACAUCAACAACGAUGAUGACGUCAGCAGCAGCAACAACAACAACUACAACAAUAGUGAUUCAUCGCCUUUGAGUUUGUUGCAGGCCGUUCUGCUGCUAGUGGCUGCCAGUCACUUGGUCAUACUCAUGCUGACCGGGAUACUAUCCUAUAAGAUAUCACUAGGGAAGUAUCAGUGA